AUGAGAGAAGAAAGAUACAGGCAUAAGAGAGAUAACCCAUCUUUCUCUUCUUCUUUACUCGAUCAAAUCUGUCGUUCGAUCGAUGAUAAUGAUGGUAUUAGCGACACCAAAAAUCAAGGCUUGAAAUUCAAUAGCAAAAAACAAGAGAUUUGGGAUCCCCAACGAGAUUGUUUGAUCGAGAAAUGGAUGGAAAACAAGGUUUCCGAGAAGAAAAUCGCAGGGAAAAAACAGGGUCUCAAAGAUUUCAAAAAGAAAUCACAUCAUCAUCAUCAUCAUGUGAGUUUGUUUAGCUCAAGUUCUAGCUCAUCGGAUUCCAGUUCCGGUGGGUUUUUUUCAUCAUCCGACACUGAAUCUUUGUAUGGUUCAAAGACAAAAGCUCCAUGUUUCGUUCCUCCACCAUCACUACCAAAGCCUAAACCUGUCAGGACCAGCGUGUCGGCUCCUCCGGAGAAACUUGAUGAAAGGUCGAAAUCGAGAGCCAUGAAAAUCUAUGGUAAUUUAAAGAAGGUGAAACAACCCAUUUCACCUGGUGCCCGUCUCGCCAGUUUCAUCAACUCUCUGUUUACAAAUUCAAAGAAAACCAAGAAUCCAGAUGAUGAUGAUGGUGGUGGUGAUGACGAAUACGAUGAGAGAAAAUUGAAGUCAAGCCAGGUUUGUUCGUCAACUUCAUCUUUUUCGAGAUCAUGUCUAAGCAAGAACACGCGAGAAAAAUCCCGCAAUGGGGUGAAAAGAACAGUCAGGUUUUGUCCGGUGAGCGUCAUCGUCGACGAAGAUAGCAGACCGUGUGGACAAAAACGUGUAUACGAACAACAAAAGUCGAGGUUGCUGCCGGUUUCGGUUCCAACGGCGUGGAAAAUCGGGAAAUCGUCGUCGGAGGUGAAGUUUCAAGUAAUGGAGAAGAGUAAGCGAGUGGAAGAAAUGGCUAGGGAGAUUAUAAGAGAAUAUCAUCAAAAUCAGAAGAAAAACAGUCAUUAUGAUGAUGAUGAUGAUGAUGAUGCAGGUAGUGAGUCGAGUUCGGAUUUGUUCGAGUUGGAUCACCUUGUUCUCAUGGGAAAUGAUAGGUAUAAAGAAGAGUUACCAGUGUAUGAAACUACUCAUGUUGAAACAAAUCGAGCCAUUGCUAAUGGCUUCAUAAUGUAA